UUGUUUUCUCAUAGAUUUGUACCGAAAAAUUCUGAGUUGGUCUAUGUGAUGGGAAAUGUGUCGACAAUGGGUUCCAAAAAAGGCUUGAUGAUGAUACACUAAUGUAAUCCAGCUCAUGUAAAUGUUGGAUUCAUAGAAUGAUUCAGUAGCACAGGGAUUCGUAUUUAUUGUUUUGUCUACAUCUCGCCAAUUUGAUUGGUCUUGUUCCGUACUCAGUUACUGUAAACGUCAAAUGAAAAUUACUGUAAUUACAUGCCGAUAUGGCUGAUACACUUAUGCCGCUACCUGUUAGUUUUAUCAUUGUACUAUCUUUAAUUAACUGAAUAACUAUCUUGUUUGGCUUCGUUAGUUGUUCUUGAGGUCGUUAAUUACCAAGAACUAAAUAGGCGUAUUUACAUCAGCUAUAUAUCACAAACAUCGGGAGUAUAUCCAAUGAAUUAGUAAAUUAAGAAAGCUGAAAUUAUUUAGAAUUUCCACCCAUUUCUCAAUCUAGGUGAUAUAAUGCAGGCGAAACUAGUUUGUCAAUGAUCUCAGCGUAGAACUCGAUACGGUUGUGUGUUGAUUCUUGUUAUCAAACUUCAUAUCAGUCCAGUAAGUUCAAUAAACAAAGAUAAAAACCACGUGGUAAAAAUGACGUCACCGAAAGUUUUAUAAAAGCAAACAUCGGAACAGCAGUCUAAGAGAACGAAUAAAAGCCAACUAGAAAUCUGUUUAACACUGGAUUUUCAGAUCUAAUUAAUGAUUUACUAGAAUUCAAGACACUUUUCAACAAUUUCUCUGUUGUUUAAAGUAAUACCAGCUUCUGUGAGAUCUUUUUUUCUUCGUUUCAAGACUUUGACGGAAACUUGGUGGCGCUUGUGAAUUAAACCCUCAAAUGAAGUAAAAUUUCAGUGCAUUGAAUAACUUUUAUCUGUUUACUACCAAUUUUGUUUGUAAAUAUUCUGAUGUAAUGAGCUAUGUUAUGCUUCUGUAGCAGUAAAGUUUGCCAUAUGGACUAAUUUCUGGUGGUUUUGUUUUAUAAGUUAGGUGAUUUGACUGUCGAUUUUUAGUUGUUAUUCUGGACAAAAUCUUAAACCCCCACUCCACGUAGAAGUGAGUUUUCUGGUUGUUCCACAAACACUACAUCUAUCUGUUCCCAUGGCCAUGUUUAUUACUUGGUACCUUCGUACACUUUGUUACCUUCAUUUGUCGUUGUAUUCGUAUCGACUGUUUUUGCUGGUUGAAAUCUAACACUAUGAUUAAUUGGCCUAUUUCAUGUAGGUUCGUAGAUUGGGUGGACAUCAAUGCACCUGUUUAUUCCCAACGGACUUAAGUGUUUUCCCCACGGAGGUUCCCUGGCCGUCUUGGGAUUUCUCUUACAGAUAGUUUCGAAUUCUCUCUAGUUAAACUCACGUCCAUGGUUGUCUACAUAUGUCGAUAUCAGUGACACCAUAUCACGUCUCUCUAUUGCUGAUCCGUGUUCAUUUAUGGAUAGAUGAGGAGGACGUUCAAUUUGUUCAGUGUGAUAGGUCCCGUAGUUGGUGCAAUUUAUUUUGUAAAUGAUGUCUCAUUUCUCUUCUUUUGUUGUUGUCUUUUGGUCUGUAUAGAAUGAAAUAGAGCGGUUGCAUUGGUUUGUGGGCGACGGUUAUUCCAAAGAGCUUUAGAGCCCUUGUGAUGAUUUCUGAGAUGAGUUUCGCACAUCGUAGGGCGAUCUGUUUCUUGGUUGCCAGAUUUGUUUUUUUACUUCUGUGAUUAGUGUCUGGACAUAAUUCGUUUUGUAUGCUGUUGUAGCUUUUAAUACUUGCUUUGUGUACCUUAGUUUUUUCCAUACUUGUUUUUUACGUCCCUCUGUUUACUCUGUUGCCUAAAAUAUCAAAGAACACGACCCUGUCUUCUGUUUCUUUAAUUGUAAAUUUGCUGUAGUUGUUAACGUCGACCAACCUACGAAUAUUUGCAAGUGAUCUCUCUUCAGGAUAACUAACAUGUCACCCGCGUAACCUCUUCUAAAUUGAUGUGGUAAUCAUAAAACUAAACAGGAUGUACCUGAAUCCUAGAGUGUGUUGUUUGCCUGUAUGUUUACUCAUAUGGCUAACCCACUAACAUCUUAAGAGUUGAACUUAGAACUUAGUGGGUGAUUGUUGUAGAUACUGUCUAUAGAGCUCUCGAUUACUCAAGAGAUGAAAUCUUGGGUUGAAGUGGAGAUACGUUAUCAAACAUGCUCAUGAUUACUACCGGUGUCACCAAUUCCGGGGGUAGAUCUAUAUAGUAAUACUGUGGCGCUGUCGAUCGUCUACUCAAUAAUGUGUACUUUUUCAAUAGAUUUGUGACUACAUUUUAUAAAGCCAGCUCAACAAAAAAUGAAGUUUAUGGAAUACAUUUUUCCUCUCUUUUGCUUCGAUACUUUAUGGAAACAGUAUGGGAAAAUUACAAAACUGGACAUUUAGGUGAAAAAAUGUCUGACAUGAAUGCAUGAAAUCUCAUAACGUUAUACGCUAGCUCGAAUCUUGAAAUUAAAGAAGUGUUCACGUGAUUUAAUAGAUCAUCUUGUUUUUAUUAUUUUGAGCUUAUCUCUAGAAACUUAGGGAAGGUCCACAUCCAUCUAAGUUAUAACUUUGGUUCGUAUAACCAGAUAUACAUAUAUCUUUGGUGUUGUUCUUUGUUUAUCAGCAAACAUCCACAAUAUAUUUGUUUUCUAUUUUUCAACCCACCAGUUUACUUGGGCGUGUGAUAUUAAGAUCUUAUCUUGCAGUCUUUGGUUCUUAUGAACCAUGUUGAUCCCUGAAGACCAAAUAUGGAUGGUCGUUGUUGGUUUCAUAAUAGCUUUUAUUCUUGCUUUUGGAAUUGGUGCAAAUGAUGUGGCAAAUUCAUUCGGGACUAGUGUUGGGGCCAAAGUAUUAACACUGAAACAAGCUUGUAUUCUUGCUACAAUCUGUGAAUUAAGCGGUUCUGUUCUUUUAGGUGCUAAAGUUUCCAAUACCAUACGGAAAGGUAUUGUUAGUGUCGAACUUUUUCAAACCAUCGACAACGGGCAUGUACUCUUGAUGGCCGGACAGGUUGCUGCUCUGGGUGGUUCUUGUAUUUGGCUUUUGGUUGCUACAUUCUUCCGUCUUCCAGUCUCUGGCACACAUAGUAUUGUAGGUGCAACGAUGGGUUUUAGUCUUGUUGUUUUUGGACUCAAUGCUAUUCAAUGGAAAGGACUACUCAAAAUUGUUGGAUCAUGGUUUCUCUCACCUCUUCUAAGCGGUUUGGCAUCUAUCGGAGUAUUUUUCCUGAUGCGUUUUAUGGUGCUGAGAAAAGAAGAUCCUCUUGAACCUGCACUUAAACUUAUCCCAGGUUUUUUCGGCACAGUGGUUCUGGUCAAUAGUUUUUCAAUAUUUUACGAAGGACCUUCAUGUACGUUAGCUGCAAAUUGUCAUCGAUAUUUUCAUUAAAACGACAGUUGUUACGUUUGUUGUAAUAGAUAUUUAUUUAAGUGUUGAAAUUGUUUGAUAAUUUGUCAGUGAUGAAAAUAAAUAUUGGUGUAUUUCGCGGAUAUUUUUAUAAUGUGGAUUGUUACUAAAAUGCACUACAGAACUUAUUUGAUGGUAGCUUUCUGGACAUUUUACUUAAAUCUAGCACGAAAUGCACUUGACUGGGAUAAGUUAACUAGUUUUUUCAAUGCUUUUAUCCAUUCGAAUCAAGUUUCCGUAUAGUGUAUCGGUUUAAAGUGUUUAUAUAAGUAGCGAUUUCUAUGCACAAAAUUGAACUAUA